CUCCCUAAGCCGAAGUUUGAUUGGUUAACUCUGCAUGAUGUCACAGUGUUUUGGUCAUCAGCACGGAGAGGAAACAUGGCGGAUGUCUGCAAUGAUGAAGCACUGUUACACGGACACUUUCGCGAGGAUUUGACACCGUCUCAUCUUGAUAAAGCAGCCAGAAUCUUCUGCUGAGGCACGCCGAUAUCUGUAGACUGCGUAAGAGAAUAUGGGGGCUAAACAAGUACGAACACACGCAUGAGGACCUUCUCUAAUGGCGGUGGCGCCACGGCCAGGAAUAAUGGCGGGGUGGCGAUGAGCUCGCCUGGCCCCAACCAGAUUCACGGUCAUGUCCCCGGAGCCUCGGGGCUGCAUCCAAGGAUCGGCAACAGGACACGCUCUCUUGGCAGUGUGCAAGGUCCGCAGCCAUUGAGUAUUCCUUCAAACGGCGCAUACAGUGCUCCGGACAGCGAAAAUAGUACACCGGACGAUGGCAGGCUUUUCCCCAUGGGUGCCGCACAGUCUCUGCCGGUGCAGCUGAUCGCACCAUCGCUGCUAAGUGGGAUUAAGUGUCCUGUCUGCUCUAAGUUUGUGCCUCCUGAUGACAUUGAGUGCCACCUUGUUAUGUGCCUGACCAAACCCAGGAUUAGCUACAAUGAGGAUGUUCUUGCUGCUGAUGCUGGAGAAUGUGUCAUAUGUUUUGAAGAUCUUUCCCAAGGAGACACUAUAGCGCGCCUGCCCUGUCUGUGCAUCUAUCACAAAGGAUGUAUUGACAAGUGGUUUGAGGUAAACCGUUCCUGUCCAGAGCAUCCUGGGGACUGACUGGUGGGGAACGGGCUACCCAGGACCGAGGACAGUGUUUGCUGCUCUGCAUUGCUCUCUGCUGUCGACAGGGGGUGCUAGUCCGAGACUGAGCUAUCCUGGGACAUGACGAGGGCCCUCCCCCUGGCAAAUAGAACCAACAGUCAGCUUCAUAGUUCAUUGUAAAAAUUCCAAUCAGCUCAAAGCAAAGAAGUUCAUUUUUUGUUAAAGAAGACCAAAGAAAGAAACAAGUUGAGCACUGCACUUUUUUCCCUUUUAAAUCAAAGUCUCUCGUAAAAUCCUUGAUAGUUCUAAAAAUGCUGAGCAUCAUGCAGGUUAAUGUAAAAAGAAUUUUGAGUAGACUGGACACAGUAAACUUUAGGUAGGUAUUUUGAAUGUGAUUUUUGGUAAAUUCAGAUGUCUGUAUGGCAUGCGGCAACAGUAGAUCUGUCACUGCAAGGUUGAUAAAGAAUAGCGUAAAGUUUAGUUGUUAAAGUUUUUGUGAAACAAUCUAUAUCCAGGGACCGCUAUUGGCAGACAUGGGGACUGAUUCAUGUCUUUCUGAGGUGAGAUCAGGACGUGGGGAUGAUUUGAGUGACUUUUAUGCAAGUACAAAUAAUGAGACUUCAAUCCACAAUGUCUGGCCAUUCUCAGCAAAGCUAGUGGCUGUAAAUAUGAUAAUUGUAUUUGAUAUAACUGUGCUUAUGAAUACAAAAAUCCCUCCUAUAUGUUUUGUAUAAUAGCAUUUUCAUGUAGUUUUAAUUCUGUACAAAUGACAUGUCCCCUGGAGUUUCUGUAUAUUUGUGUUCUGUUUGAUUUUGUAUGUGGAUUUUAAGAUUUGUUCACCCCUUUGAUUAUUAAUGCUAAUCAACUUGCUUUUACAAGGAUGCUUGUUUUGUAUGCAGACUUGCUUAAAACUGCACAUUAUAUAUACGUAUGGUAUUAUAUGCUUCAGCAUUAAUAGUAAUGAUAUGAUAUUACUUUACCAUAAAAUUUGUUUUGUGCAUGUAUUUAGAUACUUUGCAUGUACAUGUAAUCAUUAAAUGUGAACAAUAUUAUGUGUUUGUCUAGGCUUCGUUAGGAAAUUUUUCUCCCUAAAAUUGUUGGAAAGUAUGUAAAUGAUUAUGUUUGUUGCUAAUAAGGAUGACUGUGUGAGAAACAGACUGAUAUAAUAACGUUUAAGAUUUCAAAUUGCUAGUGUUUGGGCUAGAACAAUCACAGUGACGCCAGUGCUUCAAACACUAAAGAGCAGCACUGCACAAAGUAGGUGCUUCCUAACAUAACAUACAACUAUUUUCCAUAGGUCAAAGACAGAGAAACACAGUCAGUGUUCUGUAAAAUUUCAUAGCUACAUGUAUGAACAAUAGAAAGGCCAGUAUUUGCAAGCUAAUACAAAAUUUCUGCUGCAACACUAACUGAAUUGUAAAUUUUUAUACAUUCUAAACCCUGUAAAUUAGUCAACAAUGUACAAAAGAUACAGUUAAGUCACUGACACCAUUAAGGGCAGGUGAGUUGGUGGAACUGUGGCACAAGUAAAGAUGACAACUUGCAGUUUUUUCUUGACCCUUGUCUAAAAGAGGAUACCAAACUUGCCAGUAUAACAUCCAGGUUUACAGAAGCGAUCAUUUGUAUCAAGUGGUAAAAUAUCUUUGUACCUAUAAAUUGGCAGAGCUGUUAAAAUGGUGAGAAAUAAGCCCUAUUCUGGUAACCAUGCAAAAUUGACUGGAGAUGUAUUAGAUGUUUGAAUAGUACUGUGACCCAAAUGGCAAUGCUUUCUAUUAUGUCAUACCAGUAAUAGGACUGCAAAGAGAUGAUUUUGUCUUAGUGGAGUUCAAAGGAAAUUGUUACUUAUCUUAAUUUUGAUUCCACAGGAACACUUGUGCAAAAUAUGUGGUUGAAUUAGAACAACCAUAAAUGAAAUCAAUUAAUUCAGUCAUGAUGAAAGUCAUUUAUCAAUUUUUGAUGUGACAUUAAUGGAAAGGACUUUCACAAAGACAUUCUUCCUUUUGAGAGAGACAAAGGGUUUCCAAGUACAAUUAUUGGAAACAUCAAAACAGAUUACACUGCAGAGCAUUGUCAAGGAUGGUAUCUUGAGAAGUUUGUAUCCUGUAUGGUCUGUAACUCAUUUUUAUCAAUGUGAUAGUACCCUGAAUGUGCUCUGUAAAUAUUUCAUGCUGAUGACGCUGCCCAUCAGCUAGACAGUCUUGCAUUCAAUACUGAUGAUUUAGUCCAGUGUGUGUCUUUACUUGAAGAGGAAGGAAAUUUCCAUGAUUGCAAACAUUAAGUGACAAGCAGAUGUGACUACUGUGCGAUCUUGUUAGGGCAAAGCCAGUUUUGAUUGCAAUAAAGUGUGGCUUGUUAUAUUU